AUGGCUCAUGGACGCACGUGGACCCUCGACCAGAUGAUAUAUCUGGUCGUCAUGAAAUUGGCCUCCAGUUAUGGAUGGAAGAGGGUCGCGGAGGCCUUCAGAGCGCGAUUCGACAGUCCAGCAACACACAAGGACGUCGAGUCGAAGUUCAAUAAGGACUUGAAAAAGUCCAAAAUCCACCAAAUCGUGGUGGAUUGGAUGGAGGCACAGAUUAUCCCAGAGGACGACCCCGACGGAGUCUGCAUCCUUUUGGAUGCACUCAUGAUGAUAGGGGAAAUCCCCUUGGAGGACCGUCUGGCCUGA